AGUUAAAAUACUUUGAAAAAGAAUAACUAGACAUACUUUUCUCACUUGCAGUACCAGAGAUAGAGAGAGCCAGAGAAACAGAGAGAGAGAGAGAGAGAGUGAAGAGGUUUUGAAUUUAGAUAGAAGAAGAAGUGUUGAAGGAGAGACAGAGAGAUGGGUUGGAACCGUGGUUUUGGUAGGGUGAAGGAUGAAAGAAAGAACUUGAGCUUCUUCAAGAUAUUCCAGAGUGCAGAUUUAUUCUCUGAAUCCAUGAGAGCGAUGCCUUACAACUUCAUGAAGAACAUCUCUAAGGAAGACUUCUCCUACAAGAUGGUGAUAAGAGCGCAGUGGGGAAGCUCAUGGGAAGUGGACAUCUCCAUGAACCCUAGGUUCUACUACAUGGAGAAGUCCGGAUGGAACCAGUUUGUAACCGACAAUGCUUUGGGAGAAAACGAGUUUGUGACCUUCACUCACAAGGGUCUUAUGCGCUUCAAUGUCAACAUCUAUGGGAAGAACGGCAAGGAGAUUGUCACACCUCGCAAACCCCACACAACGACUCCAUUUAGUGGGAUCAAGAAAGAAGAAGAUGUGAAGAAGGAAGAUGAGUCCAUGGGAGUAGGAGUUGAGAUCGAAGUGCAGAAGAAGAAGAGAGCUGUGGAGGUUGGUGAAUCUUCGAGAGGGGCUGCGCUCAAGAAGAAGAAAGCUGAGAAACCUAAACCAUCCAACAAGAAGAAGAAGAAGAUGAAGAGAAAGAAAGUCAAGAACGGUGUUCCAGAAUUCGAAAUCACCAUAACGAACUCAUACCUCAAGUUCCUGGCAAUCCCAAAGAAGUUUGAGGAGGCGUACAUCCCGGAUGAGUCUAAGGUGUAUAUGAUACAUCACUCUGAAGGGAAGGGUUCCUGGGAGGUUUUUUGCUUGGUGAGGCAGACUAGGACAAUCUUCUCAAGUGGAUGGUGUAGACUGGCAAGAGAGUAUCCUUUAUCGGUUGGUGAUAGGUGUACUUUCCACCUCGUCAAACCUGACGAGUUUGUCCUCACCACCAAGAAGGCCAGAGAGGAGAUCACUGUGAUCGAGUGAUGAAACUGAAUGUUUUAAGUGUCUUUUCAGCUUUCUUAUAUCUAAGGAGAAGCAUAUCGCUUUUAGUUUAUGUGUUGGGUUUCUGAGUUUGUAUUUGUCUAUGUUCCCCUGACUUUAACU